CAGCGAGUGUUUAACUGAAGAAUGAUCACACACUAAAAACUGGAAAUGAGAAAAAGUCUGAUACAAGUGUUUGGAUUCUUGAUUUCAACUCUUGGUUGGGUUUUCAUCAGCUGCACAACAGCCAUGGACUACUGGAAAGUCAUUUAUGUAGGGGGGAAAGGGGGCAACUGGAUGAUCAAAGCAUCGUGGUACUGGUCAAACCUGUGGAGAGAUUGUGUGACAGACACUACAUCUGUUACCAGCUGCAGAGAUUAUGAUAUCCUCUGGGCGGUCACACCAUAUGUUCAGGGUGUGCGAGGUCUGCUGAUGAUCGGCAUGACUUUGGGCUUUGUAGCCGCUGUUCUUUGCUUCAUUGGGAUGGACUGUACUUACAUUGGUGGAAGGGAAAAAGCCAAAGAUAAAACUUUACUGGUUGGAGCAAUGUUUCAUUUAGUUGGAGGUUUAUCAGCUUGUGCAGCGUACUGUUUAUAUACAAGCAAAGUCAUCAGUGUUGCGUUUGCCCCAACUGCUGACAGAAGUAUUAUCAGGUAUGGAAUUGGAACGCCAAUACUUCUUGGAUUUGUUGGAAGUUUCUUCACAAUUCUUGGAUCUAUUUUGUAUGCUGUGACAGUCAUAUCAAAAAGGAUGCCGUCUGCAUUUACACAAAGAUCAAUGACUGGCCAUAAGUCAAGUAAAAGACUGUACUCCAGUGUCCAUUACACACCGCCAAGAGAUCUCAGCCGAUACAGCGCCUCACACAUCUCCAAGAUUUCAAACGGGAAAAAUGGAGAGAAAAUAUCUGCCAAAGACACUUUUGUAUGAACUUUUCACAUUUUUACUUAAUUUAAACAAUAAAUCUAAUUCAUUUAACACAUUUACUGUGCAGGCUCAUUGCUUGUAACAACCAUAUGCAAUGUCAUCAUCAUCGUCAUCAUCAUCAUGACAACAACAACAUACAACACUUUAAACAAUGGAUGGGUUUAAUUUAUGGGUUAUGGGGCAGUUGUAGGCUAGUGGUUAAAGGGUUGGGCUUGUAACCAGAGAUUUGCCUUUUUGAGUCUCACGGCUGGCAGGUUGCGACUGAGUCACCUUUGAGCACCUUUGGAGUUUAGGCUGCAUCUACAGUAAGAAUGAAAAGUUGUCAACACUAAAUCCUAACUUUAUCUUUUUCCAGUAUGGAUAUGAUUUUAUUUUCUGUCUGUAUCUUAAUAAAGAGAGUGAAAAAUAAAUGCAGCGGCCUAUAAGACUUUACUGUACAUAUAUGUAAAUAAAAUGACUGACAAUACAGAGUUUAUAAUGUUGAGCGAGGUUGUCUAUAGACAGUAGAAACAGACUUUAGAUCUGUUGAGGAAUAUUUCACCUAUAAUUAUUGAGUUUAAGUGAACCCCAGAGCAGUGUUUCAUGCGGUGAUAUGGACGAUACACAUAUACUGUACUGCCUUGCUUCAUUAAGUUUUAAACCACAACAGAUCAGUGCUGUAAAAUCUCACUGCUGUCACGUCAUGACAAAUACUUUUUCCAAACACUUUUUUAUCAAAGUGAUCAACAAAUAAAUAUAGUGAGGCUUUAAUAUGAAAAGUGCUGUUAAUGGGAUAACCUGCUUUAUUAUGAAAUUAUAAUUUAUUAUAAAUGUUAGGACGUAACAUUUAUUACUCAUACAUUUAUAAUAGUCAAAUCAUAUUUAUAUCCAUGGUAAUACUUAUACUGAAUAAUUCUAUUAAUUGUUUAUUGUACUGUGUUAAGUAAAAUCACACUGUUAUGUAUUAUUGAUUGUCUUCUCAGUACUUUUCCAGUCAGCUCUUAGUUACCUCCUGUGACAGUUUGUCCCCACAAGCCAACCUCUAAUGAUCAACCACUAACAUCUUAAGAUGGGGAUACAAAUAACUUUCUUUUUGAUUGGUUGUUUGAUAUCUUUUUGAUUAUACACAGUUUAAACUCCUCAUCUGUAUAAA